GCCAGUGUAGUGUCAUUCGGUUCGGUCAUCGCGAAAGGUGAAAAUAUGGCGAUAUUUUUGUACGACCAGUGAAAAUUUUCCACCCAAAGUUUACCCAGUUUAAUUCGAUUGUGCAGAAGAGUGCCUUAUCCGGUAACGAAAUCCGAGAAGCAUGAGCUAUCAGAUAACGCUGCAGGAUUGCAUCAACGAUAAUACGUUCGAUAUCGAUGCAUUUGAACGGGCGAUCCAGCAACAGGUUCCGCAGUACUUCCAGAACCUAGCUGAGGAAAAUCCUCAGUUCGGCUCGCUGGAUCUAGUGCCAUCCGAAGGGGGAGGAGGUUUCAGCGUAGAUCAUCAACAGCAGCAUCAGCGGGAUAGCCAGGAACAUCAAAGUAGCGGAUGUGGAAGCAGCAGCAGUAGUGAAAAUAGUAUUCUGAUUGAGUUUGAGAAAAUUGAAGAACAGGAGGACGGAGGUAAUUAUGAAAACAAUACUCUAAACGAAGAAGGAGAGUCAUCGCAUGCUACUAUCACAAUCGAGGGACCUGAUAACCAAGUGCUGGCCCGGUACCGGUGCAACUAUGGCAGCUGCAACCGCAGCUACAGUACGGUUGGCAAUCUGCGGACUCACAUGAAAACCCAUCGAGGUGAAUACAAAUUCAAAUGCACCGAAGAUGGCUGUACCAAAGCGUUUCUUACCUCCUACAGUCAGAAGAUUCACAUCCGAGUACACACGAAAAUCAAACCGUAUGUCUGUGCGGAAUCCAGCUGCAAGAAGGCAUUCAACACGCGGUAUCGGUUAAGGGCCCAUGAGCGGUUGCACAAUGGCAAGACGUUCAACUGUGGGGUCUGUGGCAAGUUCUUCACCACUCUAAGUGACCUCAAAAAACACUCACGGGUUCAUACUCAGGAGAGGCCUUACAAGUGCAAGGAGGACAAAUGUGGCAAGGCGUUUACCGCUUCGCACCAUCUGAAAACUCACACCCGUACUCACUCGGGGGAGCGUCCGUUCUCCUGUUCGGUGUCCGAUUGCCACAAGGCAUUCAGUACCCCGCAUAGUCUUAAGUCACAUACCAAAACUCAUGAGAAACCUAAGAAGAAAUUAUCCAAAUCAGCCAAGAAGCUGAAAAAAUUGGCUCAAACAAGCACCAAAGAAAAUCAAACCGUAGUUAAGGAAGAGACGGCGCCUCCGUUGGAGCAUGACGAUCCACUCCCGCUGCACGAAUCACCACCGGAGCAAGAAAGUGAACCCCACAUCCCGGAGGAAACUGCCUUCAGUUUGAUAGAUUUUCACGAAUCCAAAGCCCUGGAGAUGGCCCUCGCAUCGGAAGAGGAAUUCAACGCUCCUUGGGUGGACAUUUCCGUGUUGGGAACGAAACCGUUGGCCCUGGAUCCGGUUACUUCGUCGUGCGUGGCUCUUCCUACCAGCGUUCCUUCGUACGUGGAUCUUCCGUUCAAUGUCAAUGUGGCUGAUUUUGCCGCCGAUCCGGAGCCUAGCACCAGUUCCGCCGCCGAUAUGUUUAUGGGUACCUAUUACGAUCCUAAUUUGAUUGAGGAAAACGCGCGGAAGGAAAUCGACGAGGCAAUUCAGAUCAGUGAGCUGAACGUGGCCAAACAAGAGCAGCUAGGCGGUGUUCAGGAUACGACGGACACGAUACUGAACGAACUAUUCAUGGAAGACUUUCUGCCAUCGGGUUCCGACCAGCAACAGGAUAGCAACAACAACGUCUGUGCGGACCCGGUGAAGACCUUGAAAGAUAUUACGGCGGAUGCGGAUAUUUGCCGUUGUGUCAAUUGCCAGUGUGAUCCCAUGCAAGGCUGUCUCGGGGGUUGCGGACCAGAACGUCCCUGUAGACCUCACUCCAAUACAGACCAGCAACAGCAUUUAGUCUCUCUUCCUCAAACGAUUCAAAACUUCAAUCUCUAUCAGAGUCAGCCCCAGCAACUGCAAACGAUUGCACCGACGAUGUUGAGUUCCACCAAUGGCGGCGGCGGCGGCUGUUGUGGUCCUAAGAAACAACCCUCUAUGCUAAGGGCUUCGUGUUGCUCGGGUAAAACCAACGAACCAUUAAAUCCGGAACCGAUUGGGGAUCUUUUGACCAAUUUGCUCGGCCAGCAGGGUUGCAGCUGUAGCGGCAUGUCAGAAGGAGUCUCCAAGGGCUGCUGCGUGGUCAUUUGUCUGAAAACACUGGAAACGCUCAAAAAUGUUCUCACGUCGCAGUCCAAUCUGAUUCGGUGCCAUAGCGGAAGCGCCAGUGCCAUUGCUAAUUGAGAAAGGUGAGGAAUUUUUCUAAGAGAGUGCCAAAUUUGCCAUUACGUCAAAAAUCAUAUCCGAUCGAGAUUGAGUCAACAGUGGGGUUAUUCGCCAGAUAGUGUAUGAUUAGUCGUUUAAAAGUGCCUACAGUUUUCUCUUUUACUAGCUUCCUUUUGUUUCUAGAGUUAAGGGGUUGCAAAGUGCCCCAGGUUGGCCAAGCCAAGUUCAAAGUUUCUAUUCAGAAAGAAUUUUAUGUUACCUUUUUUUUAUGAUAUUUAUUCGAGUAAAAACAUUGUUGCGUGAUAAAUAAGAGCUUGUGUUUCUUCGCUGCUUCGCAUUUAUUAUAGGCCCCACUACUUUUGUGUAGGCUCUGAGCUGUUUGAUUUUAUUUUAAAAACACAGGAAGAAAAAUUAAUGAUCUAUCAAAAAAGCAAUCUUUCGGUUCUCUCGGAAUUAACCGAUGUUUUUUCCGCUCCAGAUGAUGUGUGAUGCUUUUUUUUAUUAGCAACCAGUAUGCCAUGCGGGCGGAUAACAUCGCGUCUACUUUCUUUUAAUAGUGGAAAGAUGUCAGGGGAAGUAAACUGUUUGUGUAUUGUUAUAAAAUAA